UUUUCUAUAAGGUUAUCUAUCCCUGUGCGUAGCUCGAUUUCUUCAUUUACGCCCAAGUUGGUUGUACUUAUUAUUGCUAAUGUUGAUGAAUUAAGCUCAUUGUGAUGAAACAUAAUAACUCUAGUGAAAGUUUGAACUUCGGAAGUCAGAAUCCCGUAGGAGGCUCACUAUCUGUUCUCAACUUAUCAGAAGUUGUGACUGGCAACAUUGUUAAUAUACACCAUAUCACAGAUGCUGUUGUUGCUGCAUGGAUAUUGAACGUCACCCUUGUUGUCCCCAAAUUGACCAGAAGUCUUUCUGGAAAGAUGUUUGGUGAGAUAUUGGUCCAUCGUGAAAUUCUUUUUAAAAUUACUUCUUCCUACAGACUCAAUGUCUCUAUCCGGUACAGCAAAUUUUUAGAGAUAUAUCUUCGAUGUCGAUUGGUUUAUAUCUUAAUCUUGAAAAGGAUGUAAAAAUCAUAAAAAAGCUCCCACAAAGAAGAGGGCAUAAGUGGAAUCCUCACUUUAGUGUUAUAUAUCAAUUUCAUAUCUUUGGAAUUAUAUGAACAUGAUAUGGUGAGUUAGAUAAUCAAAGCUAUUAUGCCUCUAUUUUGCAUAUAUUGUGGUUUCAGAUUUAUAUUAGCCUAUUCAGCUAUGCAAAUUGCAUAACCUAUUACUUCCCUGCCGGAGAGAGAAUGUUGAACUUUUGUUCCUUUUAGACAUUAAGAAUAUUGGAGUUUUGAAAGUAACCAUUGCAGUUUUGUUGCCCGUGUGGAAUCAAAGCUUAAUUUUCACUGCGAGUGCCUUGAACACCAAAUUCUUCCUUUGACUCUCUGGUGUCGUCCAUGUAACUAACUGAUUGUUUCUGUUACACUUGGAAUUAUUCCCUAUUGUUGUUAGUUGAAUUGCUGCUACAAAGAUAGAAAUUAUUUUGCAUAUAUCUCAAUAUUCAACUAAUGAAUGGAACCAUUCUUGUU